UUGAUAUUCUCUUCUCGCUAGAGGCAUGUCGAGAACUGAAUUAAAUUUUAAAGUGAAUUUCUUAAAAUCGUCGCUAAUAAUCAUUCACGGCGCUGCCGGCGGCGUCUUCGAAACGAAAAUAACAAAAAUUCAGAGAGAAACCGGAAAACGUAAUCGACCGAACACGACCAUGGCAAAAUACGACGGACAAAGUUCUCCGCGAGUUGGAAACAGUGAAAUAUACGUAAGGAAGGUAGGAUUAACCUUAGGCAACGUUACGAUUUUUAAGUGAAAUCAAAUAUCGUGAAUAUAAACGACGAUUAGAGUGAUCAUCACGUCGAUUAAAAAAUCCUAACUCGGACAACUAUAUAUAUAUAUAUAUAUAUAUAUAUAAUGUUGCAAUAGAAAGAAGUGGAAAGUUAGGACGUAAGAAAUGUGUAGUUUAACAGUAGAAACUGUAACGUGAGUUUAACUCGUACAACAGGUAGUACACCUGUUCUAAUCGAAGGAUUCUCCCUUGGGUUUGUGUGUUCAAUAGUGCCAAAGGCACGGACGUCGAAUGAUUCGUGAAAGAAAGCGAAAGCGAGUUAGUUGAACGUAAGUUCCGUAAGCGGAGACUUCGAUGCCUGGAGGGAAAGAGAUUUGUACAAGGAGAAGAAAAGGAUAGAGAAAAAGAUCGGAGACGUUAAGUCUCCGGGUUGUUAUCGGCGGCGCGUGCCCCGUCGGAGACUUUAACGCUUAGCAAAAGCGAACAAGAAAUGUCGUCGUCAAUGUUGUCAUCUUUGGCUUAGUUAAAUUAUGUGAAUACUUAUAAAUGUUCAUUUAAUUUUCACCGCGUCGAGAUAAAUGAUUAAUGGUUUGCAACGCGAUAAAAAGAAAAGAAAACGAAAGAAAUAAAGAAAAGUAAGGAGAUAAAAAAUAAAUAAGAAAAUAAAAAGAAAAAACAAAAAGGGGGGAGGAGUUAGUUUUUACUACACUGAGAGAACGGAAACAGUUGGUUCCUCGUCCAUCAUGUCAAUUCUCGAGGGCAACGAAGCCGACAAAACAACAAUGUCACCACUCGACGAAGUCGUGUCCCCGACGAGCGUCGAGUCGGAACUGAUGGUGACCGACAUGUUGGAAGAGCACGAGGCUAACACCACGUUGGCGGAGCAGAGGGAUUGCAAACGUAAGAGAGGAGACACCGAUGGCGAAGAAUUAACGCCGAGAAAGCUACCUUCUUUAACGAGGAACAAUAACGACGUGGCCUUCGUACUCGAGGAUAGCGCAGACGACGAACUACAGGACGAACGUGACGAUGACCGAUUGACUGGUCAUGGUGGCAUUUCUUCGCUCGGCGGCGGAAAUUCGUCGCCAUACUCUGGUGCUCAUCACCAUGGUCAUCGGGGGAAUGGAAACGGUGGCGGAAUGCCCCAUCACGGUGGUGCAUCUUUGCCAACGGCGUCGGACUUUCAACCCCCAUACUUUCCACCGCCGUUCCCGUCGCAUCAUCACGCGCCCGCUAGCCCACAGCAUCCGGGUCUUGGGCAACCUCAACACCUGGAUUACCUCGUCGGUGAUCCCUACACGCAGACAUUGAACACGCUUCAUCAGCAUCACUAUAAUCACCUGAGCGCAGCCGUCACGGCGGGCCAGAGGAGCGGUGAUCUCAGAAGAGACACCGAAGGCAUCCAUGUGACGAACAUGCACGCAUCCUUUCCUUACGAUGGCGGACGCAGUGGUGGUAGUGGCGGCGGAGGUGGUGGUGGCGGUGGGGGAGGAGGCGGGGGAGGUGGUGGAGGUGGCGGAAGGGCUGUCGAAUAUGGUGCAGUACGUCGUCCUGAUGCCCUCCUACCACCCCCAGGCCUUGACCAAACCGACCUCGUUCUACACACCAGCCUCGUUGACGACCCCCAGAACACUAACGUGGACGAUGGAAGUUUUAUGAACGACUUACCACUUCUAAAAAACAUGAAACCUUCGGAGAGAAGCGAAAAGGCCAUGCUGACAGGAAACGCACAACCUUCGGACGUGUUCUGUUCAGUCCCAGGACGAUUAUCGUUACUCAGCAGCACCAGCAAGUACAAAGUUACGGUAGCCGAGGUACAAAGACGGCUCUCGCCACCGGAAUGUUUAAAUGCCAGUCUUCUAGGUGGUGUUUUACGAAGAGCGAAGUCUAAAAAUGGUGGACGAUUGUUGAGGGAAAAAUUAGAGAAGAUUGGUCUAAAUCUGCCAGCCGGUAGAAGGAAGGCUGCCAAUGUUACACUUUUAACAUCCUUGGUAGAAGGAGAAGCAAUUCACCUUGCCAGAGAUUUUGGUUACGUUUGCGAAACCGAGUUCCCUGCGAAACAGGUCGCAGAAUACCUCAGUCGACAGCAUUGCGAACCGCAAGAUUCCUAUAGGAGAAAAGAACUUCUUCAUGCGACAAAACAAAUCACCAAAGAGCUGAUGGAUCUUCUAAAUCAGGACAGGUCACCACUCUGUAAUACGCGACCACAACACAUACUCGAUCCGAGUAUACAAAGACAUCUAACACACUUCUCCCUCAUAUCGCACGGAUUUGGUAGUCCAGCGAUCGUUGCCGCUCUCACGGCGAUACAGAAGUUCCUAAGCGAGUCUCUGAAUCAUCUCGAGAAGAUGUAUCCAGGGAACGGUAGCGGCGUGACAAGCAGUCAACAAUCGAAUCUCGACACGAAUAAAAGCAAGGACAGUUCGUUAAUGAACGACAUGAAGAAGUGACGCCCGGAAGACCCGCCUACCUCUAACGUGGUCACGUCUAUAAGGCAUUCCUGGCCAUACAAUUGAGAACUCACUCUUUCCCUAUCACAUGUGAUAGAGAAGCUGACAGUGGACCACUAGACACACACGCACGCACGCACGCAUACACGCAAACAUAUUAACGCGAGAAUUGUUUAAACCGCGGAGAAUAAAUUGAAACGCGUGUGGUGGGUGUGGUGCGCGUGUUGUUCACUGAGGUUGGCUGGUCGGAGAAAUUACGAAAAACUAAACUAAAACUCAAAAGACCCAUCGUGCAUGGAUGAAACACAUGAAAAUAAGAGAGAAAAAAUCGAUAAGGAUUUUAAAAACAGGGGUGGAGGGAAGGGGAAGGGGUGUUAAAAAGGAUUCGAGGAAAUUUCGAAGAAGGAAAAGUAAGAAGGAAUAUCGAAGGAGAAGAAGAAUGAAAGAAAAGGAAAAAAAUACAGUGCAAUCACGAUCGAAUAUCGUUCUUUUUAUUUUUUUGCCUUCUUUUCGAAUUGACUUUUGCGAAUCUCUCAUCUAUCAGGAUUCGUUGACGAACGUGGGAAAUAAUAGCGCAUAUAUAAUAUACAUUAUAUAUACGCGAGAAUAAACGCGGUUUAAAUAUAUACAGGCAAUUAUAUUUCUUAUAGACUCGUUGAACAAAGCAAAUCAAAUGUUUCCUACGAUACCUUGUUGUUCGAUUCGAAGGGGAAUUAAGUCUGAUGAAAAAUUUGAAUUCUUUUUUCUAUUUUAUCCGAUAUUUAAUUAAUAUCAAUUUAAAUAUAAUCACGUUUGAAUGAUACACGAGGUAUAUUACAUUUCUAUAAAAAAAAACUCAAAUCUAAUUUUUCUUUUUCAUAUAUAUACAUAUAUAUAUAUUUUUCCCUUCAAAUCCAGACAACGUUUUCGUGUGAAAAUAAAUUUUAUUUAGCAUCUAUAUAACGAUAUAAGAAACACAAUGGUAUUUAUACUUACUCAAAAAAGAGAAAAAGACAAAAAAUGACAAAAAAAAACAAACCCAGAUACAUAUAUAUAUAUAUAUGUAUGUUACACGGAGGUGAUCGAAAUUAAAAUGUUUUCUUUCGUCCCUAACGAUUCGCAAGUUCCUCUCGCGAGUUAGCUCAAGAAUUUCAUUCAUUCGUACGGUAGCGGGCUAUGUAAAAAACAUAAAAAAGAAAAUAGAUCUCUAGAAAGAUGGGGAAGGUGUAUGGGAGGCGGAG